CGCAUCGCAUCGCAUCGCGGGCGCUUACCAACACUGUUUUUUUUAGGGACAGCAAAGAGAAGCCCAAACAUUGCGGAUUAAUAGUUAAUUUUGUAUUAAAACUCAGGAAAUAGUGUAAAAUUAAAGCGGAUUUUUAAAUCAUGGCCAACGUGGAGUCUAUGAUAGUGGAGGAAAAGACGCAGGUCAAGCAGAUUGACCGCGAGAAGACAUGCCCGCUUCUGCUCCGUGUUUUCUGCUCCACGGGUCGCCACCACUCUGUUUCCGAGUACAUGUUCGGCAAUGUGCCCACCAACGAGCUGCAGAUCUACACCUGGCAGGAUGCCACCCUCCACGAACUGACCUCCCUGGUGCGCGACGUCAAUCCAGAUACUAGAAAAAAGGGCACCUACUUCGACUUUGCCGUGGUAUAUCCAAACUUCCGGAACAACCACUUUCAGAUGCGCGAAAUCGGAGUGACCUGCACGGGUCAAAAGGGAAUCGACGAUAAUAAGACGCUCGCCCAGGCCAAAUUCAGCAUCGGGGACUUCCUGGACAUCUCGAUAACGCCGCCCAACCGCCUGCCGCCCACCGCCAGGCGCCAACGCCCCUACUGAUGCCGCAUUACACUCUAUUCUAAUCAUUUUUAAUCUUUCACUUGACACUCAAUGGAGUAUGGACAUAAUUAUAAGUGGAAUACAAGUAAGACGACCUAUGA